AAACAUUUAAACAUAAAAAAUGUUUCUUUUGUAUUCAGAACGGUCUGGCUAAUACAAGUGUUUAAUGAUAGGCGUAUUUUUUCCUUUUGCCUUCACAAGUUAAAGUUAUAAAUAAGUUUUUUAUUAACGCAUUAUUUCAGUGAAUACAAAAUGUUACUACUAUAUGCUCUGCUGUUAUUGGGAUUAAUUUUGUUGAUAUUUUUUGUGGCUAGUCGACUAACAUGUGGCAUCACCAGAAGUCCUGUCUGUUUAAUUGGCAAAACUGCUAUUGUUACUGGAGGAAAUGCAGGUAUUGGUUAUCAGAUAGCUUUAAACCUGGCUUCCAGAGGUUGUAGAGUGAUAAUAGCUGACAAAGAUGACGCAACAGAUUCGGUGAUGAGCAUAAUAAAGGAGUCAACAAAUCCGAACAUUCUCUGCAAGCACAUUAAUUUGGCUUCGUUUAAAUCAAUACGCGAUUUUGCCAGUGACAUCAGAAGUACAGAAAAACGAAUUGAUAUUUUAAUACAUAAUGCGGGAGUGCCAAUGUAUAGGCCCAUUGUUACAGAGGAUGGGAUAAAUGGAACCUUCCAGAUCAAUUAUUAUGGGCCUUUCUUGUUGACGCAUCUGCUACUAGAUUUAUUAAAAAAAUCCUCACCAAGUAGAGUAAUAUUUACAAGCUCUUUUUAUGCCUACCUUUUUAAUCUAAAAUUGGAAGAUUUGAACCCAAAAGAUAUACAAGCUUCUGAUUUCAUACCACAGCAUAAGGUUUACUCUAAUAGUAAACUGUGUGAUAUUAUUGCUGCAAAUGAGUUUGCAAGAAAGCUUAAAAGUUACGGAGUUACAUGUAACUCCCUACAUCCAGGUUGUGUUAGGACAAAUAUGCUAAGUGGUUUAAGGAAGGAUGUAUUGUGUCAAAUGAUAAAUUUGCUUUGUUGGAAUAUUCUUAUCAAUGUUGCUGGAAAAAGUUCUUGGGAGGGAGCCCAGACGGCAGUCCAUUUGGCAGUGUCAAGUGAACUAGAAAAUGUGACAGGAGAACAUUUUAUAGAUUGCAAGUUAUUUAAAUUUUUACCUUCUAGUUGUUAUGAUAAAAAGUUAAUUGAAGCCGUAUGGAGGAAGUCUGAAGAAAUAACAGGUUUAAAAGAUGAUGAAAAAAUUUUAUAAAAAUAAAU